ACAACUGCUUAGCGCUCAGUCGGAGUUUUGGGCUCCAGCACACGCGACAAACAACUUUGUGGUGCCUCAAAAGUGUGUAACAGAAGUGACCGUUAAACAUGUUCGUAACUCCCACCAUCUUGCUGGGACUGGUGGUGAUUAGUUUGAUAACUUAUCGGUGUUAUAAGUACUUGUUUGACAAACCAACUAACUUCCCUAAUGGGCCUCCCAGAUUGCCGUUGCUCGGUGGCUAUGGAGUGAUGCUGAUGAUUAACUAUCAUCACCUGCACAAAGCUGCUGCCAAACUGUGCGACUAUUACAAAACCAAACUAGUUGGGAUAUAUCUGGGCGAUUUUCCGUCGGUUAUCGUUAAUGAUUUCCAUGCCGUGCGAGAAGUUCUGAACCGGGUGGAGUUCGAUGGCCGACCCGAUUUGUUCCUGGCCCGAAUGCGGGAGAAGAACUUUCAACGGCGGGGAAUCUUCUUCACCGAAGGACCAGACUGGAAGGAACAACGUCGAUUCAUUCUACGUCAUCUGCGCGAUUAUGGCUUUGGCCGACGGUUCGACGAACUGGAAGCGGAAACGAACUCCGAGAUAUCGACCCUGAUCGAAAUGUUCCGGUAUGGGCCGCGCUAUCAGCAUGAGCGGGAUUUCAUGAAGGAUGGCUUCGUCAAGUGUCCGGAUGUGUUUUUUGCUUGCUUCUCCAAUGCCUUCCUACACGUGCUGUCCGGCGAACGGAUUCCACGGAAAGACGCCGGAGUGCUGUUUGAGACUGGCCGCUAUGCAAUGCUCUUCCAACGCAACGGAGACGACUACGGAACGGUUCUAAGUUUUCUACCGUGGCUGAAGGAUUUCUUCCCGAAUGCUACCAAAUACAACAUUAUCCGCGAGGGAAGUCUCGGUGUGAAUCGUUUUAUGGAGGAAGUGAUCCAGAAGGCGAUGGCUAGUUACGAAGAGGGACACGUACGGUGCUUUUUGGACCUUUACUUCCGGGAAAUGCAAAAAUCCGUUCCGAAGGAGGGCAAUUCAUUCGGUUUUCAGUAUGACCAGAUGGUGCUAGGAUUGGUGGACUUUUUCUUCCCCGCAAUUUCCGGAGCCACGACUCAAAUCGCUAUGCUAUUGGAAAGGCUCCUCUGGCACCCGGAAGUGGUUCGCAAGAUGCAAGCAGAAAUAGAUGAAGUGGUAGGUGAUGGGCGUCUUCCAUCACUGGAUGACAGGAUUAAUCUUCCCUACACGGAAGCCACGCUAAGGGAGGGAAUGCGGAUCGAUACCUUGGUACCGUCAGGAAUAGCUCACGUCGCACUGGAGGACACAACCCUACAGGGUUACGAUAUUCCGAAGGGAACAAUUCUGAUGCUCGGUUUGGACGCCAUUCACAACCAGAAGGAUGUGUGGGGUGACCCGGAAAAAUUCCGUCCGGAGCGUUUCCUCGAUUCUCGAGGACGCCUCUCGUUGGCCAAGGAUGUAUCGGUUCCAUUUGGCGCCGGCAAGCGACUUUGUGCCGGGGAAACAUUUGCCCGAAAUACACUGUUCCUUAUUGUUGCGGCCAUGGUUCAAAAUUUCAAUCUUCAAUUACCGCCCUCGGAUCGGUUGCCGUCUUUUGAGAAACGUAGCACAGGUGUCAUCAUCACGCCGCCUGACUUUUGGAUCAAGUUCGUUCCACGAUGAAGCCUUUGGAUGCAAAAGUUGCGAGCUGAUUUCAUUUUAUUAAAACUUCAAUCAUAAUAAUCGUAUAUUACGAAGAUUACGAGCAUUUUCAAGUUCUUAUUAUUACUUUAAGAGUUUGAUAAUACUAUACGGAAAAUGUAUCCGUUCUAGAGUUUAAUAUUCUCAAUAAAUAAUUAGAAAGGUG